AUGACUGUCACGACUGCCAUGACUGCCACAACCAAAAACCACCAGGACUGCGGGCCCAUGGGAUACGAGUCGUCAAUCCCUGUGCCCGCAUGCUUGUACGAGAACAAUGCCUACCCGUCCAGGUUCCGCCCGAGAAUCAGCAAACACAACGACGUGGCCGACAAGGCAUGCUGGGAAGCGUGCGACGACUUUGAGAACGUGACUGGGUUGAAGCUGAAGGCCGACAGCGUCGGAUGCAUCAACCCCGUAAGCGGCAAUGUCAACGCACUGUGGUUUCCGGAGGCGAUUCCCGAGAGGCUCCGCAUUAUUUCCUACCUGUCCGAGCUUCUCUUCCGACACGACGACCUUACCGAUGAUGCUGUGACACCAGAGCAGUUCGACGAGGUCCACGGGCCGUUGGCGCGAUUCCUCGGUUCCGAGUCGAAGCAAAGCGACCACACCACAAAGCAUAAUGCAAUGAACACGAUGCAGGCUCGCGUCGCCAUCGAGGCGCUCGAACAGGACGAAGGACUGGGCAAGCUCGUCAUUGAAAAGUGGAAGGGUAUCGUGAGCGUCCGCGGACAGGAUGCCUUUAUGGAGCACAAGACGUUGGACUCGUACUUGCACGUGCGGCACUACGAUGCCGGAGCCUACUCUGUGUGGUCGCAGAUCCUGUUCUGCUGCGACGUCCGCCUCACCGACGAGGAGCUCACGGGCCUGGAGCCCCUCACCUGGCUGGCUUUCACGCAGAUGAUCCUGUGGCACGACUACUGUUCGUGGGAUAAAGAAGCCGCCACGUACCUGGAGCGCGAAGAGGGCGGAUCCAACAUGAGCGCCGUGCAGGUCUACAUGGCCAUGUACAGCCUCGACCAGCAUGCCGCCAAGGACUUCCUGCUGUCAGAGAUCGAGAGGAUCGAAGACGAGUACUGCACGAGGAAGGCGAGCUACAUGGCCGAGUGCUCGCCUGCACACCACAUCACACACUACAUCGGUCUGAUCGAAAUGUGCAUGGCCGGGAACACGCUGUGGCACCUGUCCUCGCGCCGAUACUGCCCGGCGGCCCCCCUCCCCAGACGAGAGGACAUGGGCAAGGUGAACCUCGGCCCGCUUGAUGUUUCCGAGGUCGGCAUGCCGGUAAACGGCGCAAGGUCGGACAGCGGCAUCCUCACUCCGGUCUCGAGCCGUUGCGGCGCCGAAAGACUCAGGCCGUUCUGGAACAACCAGCGGACCGAGUACACGACCAUGACGCCCGCCGAGACCAGUUCCGACAGUAAGAAGAAGAUGAACAAGGCCAAGGCAUCAUCAUCACACCACCAGACGAGGGCGGACCUGCUGACCGUUGCGCCCUGCGCUUGGCCCGCCGAGGCGGACGAGGAGGACAUCCUGGCGGCCUACCUGUACACGGCGGCGAGACCGGCGAGCGGCGCCCGUGACAAGCUCAUGGACGCGCUCGACAACUGGUACCGCGUCCCUCCCGAGACCCUUGCCACGAUCCGCACCAUCGUCCGGAUCAUGCACAACGCCAGCCUGAUGCUCGACGACGUCCACGACAACUCGCCGUUGAGGAGGGGCAGCCCGAGCGCCCACAUCGUCUUCGGCACGGCCCAGACGAUUAACUCGGCGGGCUACGUCACCAUCAAGUGCGUGGACCUGGCGCGGCGGCGGCUGGGCGACGACGCCUUGUCGUGCCUCCUGUCCGAGCUCGGCCAGCUGCACCUCGGCCAGAGCCACGACCUGGCCUGGACGUUCCACUGCAGGGCGCCCUCGAUGGCCGGGUACUACAGCCACCUCGAGCAGAAGACCGGCGGGCUCUUCCGCUUGGCCGCCCGCAUGAUGCGCGCCUCGGCGACCCAGAACAGGCACCUCGACGCCUGCGGUCUCAUGAGCCUCCUCGGCAGGCUCUACCAGCUGCGCGACGACUACCAGGACAUCACGUCCGAGACCCUCUCGACGUACGACGACCUGGACGAGGGCAGCUUCACCCUGCCGCUGAUCCACGCCCUCGAGCGCGAGGACAAGCACGGCGGCGUCCAGCUGCGCAGCAUUUUGCAAUCCGCGCGGGCGGCGCGGUCUGCCUCGGCCGCGGCCUCGAGCGACGGUGCGAGGUUGCCGGCCGAGACGAAGCUGCUGGUUCGGGAGAUUCUGGAGGAGGCCGGAAGCCUGGAGUAUACGAGGGCGGUCAUUCGCGACUUGUACGACGAGACGAGAGCCGCGCUGGCCGCAUUGGAGAACGAGGCCGGGCCAGGCGGCAAGAAUUGGAUGUUACGGUUAAUUACUUUCCAGUUAAAAAUGUGAGAUAGAUAUAAUGUAAUGUACAAAAACAGUAAAAUGUACCAUUAUAUCGAACAAAAUGCAUUAAAGUGG